AUGUCGUGGUUUAAGGAAGAACGGAAGAUCUCAUAUCUUCGAUCUUUUUGUAAUAAUGUUAUAAAAGCCGGUCCGAUGCCUCAACACGUGGCAAUAAUUAUGGAUGGAAAUAGGAGAUUCGCUAAGAAAGUGAACUGCGAGCGUUCAAAAGGACACGAAAAGGGAUUCGAAAAGUUGACCGAGGUAGGUUGCAAAGAAAGCUCCCGUCCUACCUAUCUGUCUGCAAGGUUUACAAACGAUGUAUAUUUUGAAUAAUUUCUUACUCUAAAGGAUACUCUAGGAUAUAUUGGUGAGUUUUUCAUUCAUUUUGCAUGCUGUCCUGGCACAAGAAGAGGCUAUCCCCCAACUCAGUCAGCCAGUGCCCCACCAAGGAUGAUGAAAUCGUGCUACGUAACCGUUAAGCCAUAAUACCAUAAACAAACCUGUAAUUUUAAAUAGAUAUAAACUCAUGUGCUUAAAUCUUAUUUUACUCCUUCCCUUAAUUUCAUUCUAGCCCUACCCUUAUGAGAAUGAGUACAUUUCAUUGAUUUUAGAAUGUGAACUUUGACCUACUUAAUGAAAUUUUAGGGCUAGAGGUGUACUUACAAUGCGGCUACUGUAAUCUGACCAAUCAGAUCACAGAAAAAUAAUGUAGUGGUCCCGCUUUAACAAACUGCAACAAUUUUCCAUGUUCUAUUUUACAAAUCGACAGUAAUUUUCCAUGCUCUGUACUCUUAACAACCAUAGAAAUGAUGUCAAUAUGUUUAAAAGCAACGAUUCGCAGGUGAGUGGUUUUACUGCAAAGUUUUGAACAUUUUGACGUCAUUUGAUUUUCUAUGGUUGAUAAGAGUUCAGACCAUGCAGGGCUCAAAAUAACGGCCGGUCAAUGGAUAAUGUCCGGCCUGAUCGUGGACUUGUCUGGUCAUACUCUAGUCUCAUCGGUCAUUUUGACCGGUCAUUUUUGGAUAUGGACAUUUCAUAAUAUUUUCCGUAUAGUUGUCACUUAAUGCGUUUUCCUCUAUAACGCUGUAGUGAUUUCUUUUUUCUUUGGCUUUUUUUUUGCUGCUUUGCACUAAAAGCUUUAAAGAAAAGAAGAACGCCGCAAUAAAUUUCAUGUUGUCAUGUCAUGAUGAAAAGCAACAAAGCGAAACAACAAUAAACUGAGUUGUGGAGUGAUGCAACGAUGCAGCAGGCCAUACUGUACUUUCUGCAUGUGCUAAAAUCAAUUGUAUGACCGUCUUUGAGGAAAAAUACAGUAACGAUAAUCUGUUAUCCGUUAGCAAACUAAAGGAUAACUAAAAGUAUUGUCCAUCUAACGUUUCAUAUCUACUUGUAAGAGGAUUGUGAAAAUCAACUUCAAUGGAAUUCAGGGCUCUGAAUUGCUUGCAAUUCUCAACAGGUCGUCCAGUACUGUUUCUCCGGGAAAAAUUUUAGCUCAUCGAUUUUAUAAUAAUUUCUUUAUGUCGAACAUGAAUCUUGUUUGCGGACUCGAUUCCAGAGUAGUCUGAUAAAAAUUUAAGCUAAUCGAGAACGAACGUCGUCUAUCCAUCCUUCUUGUAAACAGCUUUAUGCAAAUUUCUGUGGACGUUAAUGAGCCCUUCACGAUAAAAUGUUACGCGACGACUCAAACGAAAGCUCUGCUGUAUAUUAAACUUCUGAUGAUAAACACGCUGUUUGUGGAACAGAUUUCCCCCCAAAUCAACUUCUUUACCAAAAAUAUAUAGCAUUGUUCUUCUUUGUGGAGAAGACUUUCGAUCACGUGCUGGGCAAUGAAAAAGAUCAAGUUUUACCGAUAUGCAGAUAUGGGAUGAACCUUGGGGAUUUCUGACACUGCCGUAUCAUGAUACUCAAGGUAUAACCCAGCCUCAUACCCAGGCCAGUUCGCGCUAUCCGAGUUACCAGAGGAGGCUUGGAACCGAGUGCGAUAGCGCAAGGCGUCCUCGGCGAAUUUUCCCGACAAGCUUGACAGGUGACGUCACAUCUGAAAUUACCAAGGAUGACUGGGAAUGAGAAUCAGUAUAACAGACAUGAAAACGGGCAAAAACCGCAGAAAGGAACUCCAGAAUGUGUGAAUGAAUUUUUCACCAACUUACUGACAAAAACCUGAACGUCAAUGCACUACAACGGUCUAUCACCAGCGUAAUGUGAUAUUCCAUAGGCAAAAAAUAUAUAUAUUAUAGUAUUCAUUAUUUGACCAGCUAAAAUCAGGGUUUUUGCAGGCUAAAAAAUAUUUGGCCUGUCAGUUAUUUUGAACCCUGCCAUGGGAAAUUGUUGCCGGUUUGUUUUUUUUUUUUUACCAUAACAUUGACAGUAACUGUUUUGAUGUCUAUCUCCGUUGAAAUUUCUUGGAAAAUCUUGCUCCUGAGAAAGAGAAAAAAAAUUGCAACACCAUCACGUCAUUUCCAUGGUCUGUACUCUUACUGAACAUAGCUCUCAACCAAUCACCACACUAGAAAUCACUCAGUUAUGAUAAAAACUCUAAUUGACGGUAGAAAUGACGUCAAAAUGUUGAAAACUCAAGUGGAACUACUUGCUGCAGGUGAAUGGUUUCACUGCAAUGUUCUGAAUAAGUUUUUAAAAAAAUGUAUUUAGUAAAAAAAAAAACAAGGUUUUCAGAUUAAACCACAGUCAUCUCCAAAGAAAAAGUAGAGCUUUUUAGAAAAAUAUAAAUACUAAAUAUAACAAAGCUUGGUUCAACUGGGCCAAUAUAAGAGUAAAGAAUGUUGUUUCAAAGAGAUUGGCAAUGGUCUUCAAACUUGGACUCAGUUCUUUUAUGAACAGCAUUAAUAGUCCAUACAGGCACUGUACAAACUUUGCUUGGCACUUGUGAAGAAUGUGAAAUAGGUUUUCUUUUGGGUUAUUCAUUCCGUAAUUGUCCAAGAGCUUCCAUAAGGUGUUUUCAACAAUGUGCUACUAGAGAUUCCAUGCUACAUAGCCAGCAUAAUUUGCAUGCAUCUUUCUUUUUUUUAAUAGCUUAGAUCAGUUUUUUUAUUAUACGUGUAGGUUCUAGAGUGGUGUUUUGAUCUUGGUAUUCCUGAGGUAACAGUUUAUGCCUUCAGUAUUGAAAACUUCAAACGAUCAAAAGAUGAAGUUGAUGGGCUCAUGGAGCUUGCCAAGCAAAAAUUUGACAGACUCAUGGAAGAAAAGUAAGAGGAAGCAAACUUUAAAAAUGUACAUGUAUCUCUACUGCUGUAUAAGAUGCUCUAAAUGUAUGCUCUUCAACAAGUUGCAACUUGUUGAGCGUCAAUGGUGAAUAAUUUUAAAGUGUUGAAUUUGUUUUCUGCUCAUUCAACAAGCUGCAGUACACCUGUAGGCCCUUUGCAGCUCAGGGUCACAUGAUCUAUCUUAUGUCAAAAUUAAGGGAUACAUUUAAAACCUAAAAGAAUUUAUCAAUUUUAUAUGUGGCCUGUUGAUUCUGUGUCCUCAUUUCAAAACAAUGUUUGGGGACAGUGAUUACACUGAGUUACAUUUAUUUGCAUGGUCCUUCACCUUUGCCCUGCUGGACGAAUUGUGAAACACAGAUGAUAAAAUGUUGAUAAACCUCUUGACCCUCUGAGACUAACAGCUUACUUUUCCACCCCUCCCUCCCACUAUUAGUUUGUCAUUUGCUAAAGUCUAGAAGAAAUGUGACCAGACAGACCAGACCAGGUUCUCUCACUCUCUUGCUCCAGGAGCAAGUAAGUAGGAGGGGACCCUAGGAGGGAGUUUGCUUAACUACAUGUACAUGUAUGUACUACAUUCAGACCAUUGCUUUAUAGAUUUUAUUUUUUAUCCAGUGUAAAUGUAGAAGGAGAACACAAUGAAAACCAUUAGUGAGGUUUUUUUGUUGUAUCCUUGUAGAGAAAUGAUUCAAAAACAUGGAGUAUGUGUGAGAGCUCUUGGUGAUCUAACAUUGUUACCUGAAGAUCUACAAAGAUCAGUGGCUAGAGUGGUUAAGUUUUCACAAAAUAACAGAAAGUAAGCAAAAAUAAAGUGAGCAUUUUUGCUUAGUGAUAGAAAUAGCCCAGUGUACAUGUCAUAAUGUGUAUACAGCUAUUUCGAGAAAGGUUGUCGGAAAAAGUGCAUGCGACAAUCCCGAAAGGCUUUGUGGGUGGUUUUAAGUUCACUGUUCUUUAAAGAAAUUUGAAGGAAUUGGUACAAAAGGCCAUGGAAAUGUGUUUGCGAGUGCUAAAGGAAAGCAACAAAAGUAGGUUCGACAGGUACAGUCAUCAGAAACAGUGUAUUGAUCAUAUCCCAUAUUACCUUUCGGGAUUGUCGCGUGCACAUUUUUCCGAAAACCUUUCUCAAAAUAGCUGUAUAUAAUAAUUUAUGAUCUUAACUUGUAAUAUCCUCAGUGACUCAGAGGUACGUGUAGCCAGUCAGGAAACGUUAAUUUUGAAAAAGGAAAAUCCUGACAAUGGAAGAAAAAAUCAUUGGUUGGACACUACCUCAAGACAAUAAACAAUUAUUUUACAUAGCAAUGUUGACCAACCAAACAAGUGGAAACAAUUCCACAUACAAGGAAACCAGAAUUUAUAACUUUUUUUGGACUGCAGAGUAAUCAUGAUCAUGAAUAAUAUUCCUAUUUAUUUGUAUAUUUAUACAUGUAUAUUUGUAUAUUUAUACAUGUAUUUUGUCCUGUGGUGUUAGCUGCCACUCAAAUUGAAAAUUUUCUUUUUAUUUCCCUCAGAGCAAUACUGAAUGUAUGUCUGGCAUAUACAUCAAGACAUGAAAUCUCCAAUGCUGUUAAAUCUGUGGCUGAAGGGGUGGAGCUGGGUUUUUUGAAACCAAGGUGAUGUAGUACUUUGCAAACUUAUUUCUAGUAAGUUUUAGAGGUAUAACGUCAAUGCUACAGCUGUACCUUUACUCAGCCAGACCUCUUGUUGCAUGUAAAUGAAGCCCUGGCUUCCAGUGUUGGGAAUUGACUGAGAUUAAUUUUCAUCAUCGAUCAUCAGAAAUAUUCCAAUUGACCCAACCAAUAAUUUAUUGUGUGAUCAUUAAUCAUAACUGGGAAAAUCUGUUAACAAGAACUACAUUUAUGAAAGUAAAAAGGGACAUAAUGAGGCAAUGCUAAGAAGGGAUCUUAGGAAAGUUGAGAUUCACUUCAAGCAAAGAUACUUCAAGCUGCAUCUUUUUUGGGUUAACCAUUGCUGUUAUAAUUUAAUUUAAGCUACAAUACUAAAAAUCUGAGACCUUUUGAGACAAUAAUUUAUUUUCAAAUAACUUAUUGCUUUGGGUUUCUGAUCUAUGAUUUACCAUCUAGUGUAAUCUAGAUCCGUGCACUACUACUGGCUUCCUGGUAAGAUUAGAGCCCAUCGCCUCCCAGACUACUGAUUGUACAGUCAUGUUUAUGUACUGAGUAGACGAGCUCAUGGUGAACUAUUUCCGUAGCUAUAGGCCAUUUACUUCAUGUACAUGAUUGUAGUAUUAUGAAAUAAAAAUUAAUAAGUAUACAAGACAGUGUAAUAAUAUUGUAACUUUCUUAUUCAAUCUGCAGUGAUGUUAGUGAGUCAUUAUUAGAGAGAUGUCUUUACACUUCCCCAUCGCCCCACCCUGAUAUAUUAAUAAGAACCUCGGGAGAGGUGCGUUUUAGUGAUUUCCUGUUGUGGCAGGUAAGUCACACCGUACACUCCUAAUUAUUAUGAUAAAAAUAGUUCCAAGGCUAUUUACAUGUAUUAGUGUUGCCAAGGAAUUAAACUCAGGGCUACUGAAAACAAAUUCAGCAAGCUGUUAGGGCAGGGAUUGAGAUUACAAUAAUUACAUAUAUUCCAGGCACUAACCACUCAGCCAUACAUGUACUGGCUCCACUAGGGAUUAUGUUGUGGAUAAAAUCCCUUCUUAGGUUAUUAUGAGCUGUUAUUCAAUGAAGUUUUCAGUAUAGUUUUAUUCAGAAUUGACUGUGUUUCACAUCCCUAACUAUUUGGGAGACAAUAAGGGAAAUUCUGAUGUAACGUAUUAACAGAAUAAUAGUAUUGUGUACCGAAAGUACAUGUACAACAGCUAUUGAUAUAAUUAUGUCAAAUUCUCCUUUCAUUUGAAAGGAAAUGCAAGGAAAUUUGAAAGGAGAAUCAAAAGUUUAUUGGAAGUUACUUUCGGGGGGUUUUUCCACACACUGCUUCAAAGAUUUCAAGAUUGGAUCAAAAGUUCAGGAGACCUUUAAUGGUCUAGUCACCAUUUUCCACCCUUUCAGUUAUUGGGUGGGAUCUUGAGAUGAUAAAAGUAUGUUAUAGAGCUUGCUGUCAUCACCUUGUAUAACACCCGAAUCUCUUUCCUUUUGAUUGCAGUGUUCCUAUUCAUCACUGUCAUUUCUUAAAGUUCUAUGGCCUGAAUUCUCUGUCUGGGAUUUCUAUGGUGCAAUUAUUUCCUUUCAGUGGAAUUAUAAAACUUUUAUGGUGGGUAUGAUAAAAUACAUGUAAAUGGUUAUAUUUUUUUAGGUUGCAAAACACUUCUUUGUUUCCUUCUUGAAACUUGGAAUUUCUUUAUAGUUAAUAAUUUAAUUGAUUAUUUUUAUUGACUAAUUAUUUGACUUUGAAAAACUGCAAUGAGAUGUUACUCAAAAUCGUUUUUUUUUUUACUGUUAAAACGUUAUGACAUUUCAACCUUCUUGGAUUGUCAUUGCCAAGGAAAAAAAUAACAUAUGUAUAGCUGUUCUAUAAAUACAUGUACAAGAAAAAACAAUUGCUGGUUUUCACAUCAUAAUCAAUUAUGUCAUCAAAAUUCAAUUUAAAGAAUGAUCUAUUCUCCUGAAUAUUUACUUUCAUGAAGUAUAAGAGCAGCUGUAAACUAAUACUAAUACUAAUACUAAUACUAUGCAUAAUAUGCCCUUUGAAUUUGUGCUAUACCAGUAUUUACUUGUAUACUUGUAUACUGCUUGUUUACUUGUAUACAGUGUUUGUACUUCCACAUAAGAAAUAUUUGCUUCUUGAUAAUUAAUAAUAAUAAUUAUUAUUCAAUGCAAAUGUUUCUUGCUUUUCAUUGCCUGCAAAUAAUAUUCUGCACAUGCGUAAAGGAAACCAUGCUUUUCUCCUUCUUGCGAUUGCUCUUGCGUGAAAAUGGCAGAUCACUUCGCUUCCCAAGGAUAUUCAUGAAAAAAACAAGCUCAGGGAUCAAAUGAUAAAACAAUUAUUGAACUCGGUUAUCGCAAAAUAUCGUGAUUUGUCAGUGUCUUGCAGAUCAGUUAUUUGCCUCAGCCUUCAGCCUCUGCAAAUAAUAAUUGAUCUGCUUGCCACUGACAAAUUAUGAUAUUUUGCUCAACCUCAUCCAAUAAUUGCUAAUUAUUAUGCAAAAUAACCAUUCAGCAGUGGAUAGUGAAUAGAAGCUGCAGGCUUACAUGUACGUUUUGCUGUCUCAGACUCAUUUAUAAGGACUGGAGGCUCAAGAUGAGGAAACAUAGUACUAUAAGCUUUCCUGGAAAGGAGUGGAUACAAAAUAAUGAUCAUCAAUAAAAUUGAUCUAUGGUUGAUCAUUCUUUUAGGAUUCCACAGAGAACAACAGAAGAAAACAGUUAGAAGCUGAUCUAGAAUGGGAUCUGAGGUGUGUCUUAGAUCAAAUGGGAGAAGAAUCUUCUUCAAUCACCAAUGGUAAUAGCCAUAUAUCAAAUGCAAGACAAACAUGUGAGCAGAAUGGUGCGGCAACCAAUGAGAUCUCCCAUGCAAAUGGAUAUCAUGCUUCACCAGGGCGCAUUUGCAACAUAACAGAACUGUUAACAAAGCCUUGCAUACAGCAGAGACUUCAUGCUUAUAGAGAAUCAAAGAAUUCCAGAAUAGACAAAUUUCUUGCCCAUUUAGAUAGCAAGAAAAAACAGUAUCUGGAGAAUUUAUGCCCAAGUUAGUGUUUUAUAUAGGGGUAGGUGGGCAAAAUAAUGUCUGUAUUAUUAUGAUAUUAUUCUGUGGCAUGAGUAGUCUUUCACACAGACAUUCUUAGGGCUUGGCACACGUUCCUUCACCAGACAAAGCCCAAGAACAGAUUCUGCAUGGGAGGCUACAUGUAUGGCAUGAGCAGAACCACUCAAGACCUUAAAGUGAGUCUAAAAGAGUGCAUAAAAUGGUUUAAUAUAUAUAAUAUAUAUAUUAAACUUGUAUGUAAAUUAUUUUCUUAGAAGCUCUAAUGUUAUAAGUUGGUGCAAAAGGCUGUUAGCAGUCUUUUCUCAGUCUGUUGAAUGGAGGCUUGGCAUGAAUUGAGAUGGCAAACUAGUGAAAAAGGGACUCACAUGGUUGCCUCCUUUGCUGGGACUUAACAUUCUCACUCUCAUGACAAUCAUAAGGGACUGCUGGCCCCGGGGGAAGUGGGGGGAACUCCCAUAUAAAGGUGACGGUGAUGAUUGAAAGAAAAAUGAAAGUGAACCCGUAAGGGAGACCAAUGUGGGUGUGGUUCAAGCUUAAAUUGACUCGUAAAGGAGGCCAUACUAAAACAGACAUUGUUAAUUAAUUAUGUAUGCCCAGACCUAAGUGAUAACUAAAUAUAGUGACUUUCCAUCCCAAACAUCUCAAGUGUGACCAAAAUCUGCAAUAUUUAUUACGCCCCUAAGCGAGACAACAAGCAUCCCUGUCACUUUUAAAUUUUUGUUGUUUCAUUACACAACAUUCAGUGGGAAACUGCAUCAAAGAAAGUACAGCUGCCUACUUCUUUGAUCACAUGUAUAUCUGAAAGAAUUUCAGCAAGCAAAUGGAGGUGCAAACCAUUCAAACAAAUUUAUAGUUCACCUGAUACAGUGGAACCUCAAUGUAACAGACCUCUGAUAUAACAAAGUCUUUGGUAUAACAAACUAUUUUCUUUACCCCAGUAAUAGUAAAAUAUAUGAAAAAGUACCUCGAUAUUAUGAAACCUUGUUAUAGCAAACAAAUUUUGCCAGUCCCUUAGCACUUCGUUAUAUCAAGGUUCCACUGUAGCAGUAUUCAGAUUCAAGAGUGUGGAGCAAAUGACAUUACAGUUUAAAGUUCAAAAUAAUAUAUAUUCUUUAGCUGUUCUGCGGAGUAAUUUUUGGGUCAUAUAUUCCUUGAAAUAUAAAAGGCGAAGGGAUUCUAAAUUGGGCAAGAUACACAGUAAUUAAAGUUGAAAAAUAUAUUGUAUUUGUCACUCACCAGUUGGUCAAUUACAUUAAAAAUUAUUAGUAAAACAAACUUGUCCUUACCUAGUGAGGAUCAGUCCCUUGAUUGAUUCACUGUGGUUCUAACGUUUCCCCCUAAUAUAUUUAAUUCAAGAAUGUGUCUGUUGUAUAUGUUAUGGUUCAAGUUUUUUUUGGUUUCAUUUCUUUUUAACCUGUUUAAAUUUUUCAUACUAGCUUAAAAUUUCCAAACUAGGUUAAACUUUUUAAACUGGGUUGUUUUCAGAUAAUAACUGUAACCAUUCAUAUUAAAGCUACUGAACAGGACGCUGUUGAUGUUUUUUCUAAAAAGCAAAACAUAACAUUUGAGAAAAAAGUAUGCAUCAUACAGUUACAAUUUCUAGACUAUUUCGGCCAAUGGGGCGAAAAAGAAUAAAACCCCAGUUUUGCUGCUUAAUUAAAUCUUGUUUAUAAGACUGUAAAACAUCGCAAAAGGGAAACUGUGUAUUCUUAGCUUAGCCUUUUAUCUUUACCUUCCCUUACCAACGCUUACCAAUGCCUAAAUAGUGCGAGACCUUCUGAGUCUAUUACUAGUAAAUUAAUCCAAACAUAAGUAAAAUAUUACAUAUAUCUUAGCUGAAUUUAUUUUCUUCUAUUAAAAAG